UAACGGCAGCCUGUUUGCCCCAGCACAGGACGAGGGAAUGGGCUAGGCUGAAUCAAGCACUCCUGUGUGAAGACAACUUGUGCAUGUGGCUCUGAAUGCAACACCACCACUGGCAUUUGUAUUUUCUGCUCUCCUCCAUCUAACCCCUUCUCCUCCUCUCUCCCGGCCCCUGGGUCAGGGAAUGUGCCAGCCCCGGAGAUGCCUUACGUGGAUCGGCAGAACCGGAUCUGUGGCUUCCUGGACAUCGAGGAAAACGAGAGCAGUGGGAAGUUCCUGCGCCGCUACUUCAUCCUGGACACCCAGCCGGGCAGCCUGGUGUGGUACAUGGAUAACCCUCAGAACCUGCCCAUUGGUGCGGACUGUGUUGGCUCACUCAAACUCACAUACAUCUCCAAGGUCAGCGACGCCACUAAGCAAAGACCAAAGGCGGAGUUUUGCUUUGUCAUCAAUGCUGGCAUGAGGAAAUUCUUCCUCCAGGCCAAUGAUCAGCAGGACCUGGUGGAAUGGGUGAAUGCUCUCAACAAGGCCACCAAAAUCACUGUGCCAAAGUCAUGUAAUGCCCAACAGAAUGUGGAGAACCAGAAAGCUCUUCUGGACAUCCUGGGACCCAAGAAGCAGGUCUCCUACAGGACUGACAUCAUUGGGGGAGUUCCCAUCAUCACCCAGACGCAGCAGGAAGGGGGAGAGGGCCAGGAGGGUUCGGAGCGUGAGUUGCUGCGGAGGUCGUACAGCCAGCUGCCAUACUUCCUGGGCAGGCCGACCCAGGACCGGGCGGUCAUCAAGUCUGGAUACUGUGUGAAGCAGGGAGCUGUGGUGUGUGUAAUGGACUAUGGUGUGAUGAGAAAUUGGAAAAGAAGAUAUUUCUUACUGGAGGAUAACACCAUGAGUUACUUCAAAUCAGAUCUGGAGAAGGAGCCUCUGAGAAUGAUUCCAUUGAAGGAGGUCCACAAAGUUCAGGAGUGCAAACAGAGUGACAUCAUGAUGAGGGAUAAUCUCUUUGAGGUCGUCACCACUUCUAGGACUUUUUACAUCCAGGCUGACAGUCCAGAGGAGAUGCACAGCUGGAUCAAGGCUGUCUCUGGUGCCAUUGUAGCCCAGCGGGGACCUGGGAGAUCGGCAGCCACAAUGCGGCAGGCCAGACGGCUGUCAAACCCCUGUAUACAGAGGUAUACGGCCCGAAUCGGGGAGUGCAGCACUCUCCUGCAGCUGUGUACCUGUCUUAGAUGUCUCACAUCCUGCCUGUCUCUAGUUCUACCUCCUGUCCGCUGCCUGUAUGUGUGUUUACUCUCUCAAACUGUUGACUUACAUAACCCAGUUAACUUCUCAUUUUCUAAGCCAAGACAACGUGCAAGUCUGAAUGAAUGUUGUCUUUGGGAACUAAACCCUAGUCUUCUUAACAUCAAAAAACAGUUUAGCUGUUGGUGUGUUUUGUGUUCUGCAUAUUUGUAUGAUGACGACUUCUGUAUAAGCACAUGUACUCUGAAGCUCUUAAACUAACCGCCCUGGCAUACUUGAAGAAUCACUCAGCCCUUUGUUUACUCGCACAUAAGCCGUUGCGGUGUAGGUGUUGCCGUUGCAUGGUCUGCUUCAAGUCAUGCACAUAUGUUUUGGCAAAUGUUCUGUGCCCAGCUGCAUGAUGCAGAAUUAUGAUGAUUUUGGUGAUGCUUUGCACAGCAGAUUUGGGAGAAAAUAUAUUUUUGAAUAGCCAGCAAAGGCAAUCAGGAGUUAUUUAAGUAUCUGUCACUAACUAUUUUUCCUGGGUAAAUGGAUUGGGUAAGUAGGUGCAGCUGCGUAUGUUGCCUCCCAAUAACAACACCAACUGGUCACUGACAUGUUUUUCUUUUUUACUUUAUUCCCCACCCCCUCUUGUUUUUUUUUGUUUUUUACAGAGAUUGAAAUCUGACAGUGAAAUACUAACUUUAAAAAAAUGAGCACUACCACUUCUUCUGCUUUUCACUACCACUGCACUCCUCCCAGCACCCGUCACUGCUCUGCUAGCACUUCUACGGUCUGCAACUGCGGCUACCACUACUUCUACUACUACCACUACUUCUACUACUACCACUACUUCUACUACUACCACUGCUGCUACAUCAGCCGCUACACCAAAAGUCUGGCACGGGCUCUAUUCACAACUCACCAUGUUUCCCAUCUGACUGUGAUUCUGUGGGACACACCCCUCCCUCCUCUCUCAGCAGGAGCACUGUGGCCGUUCCUCCCCUUCCACAUUCUACCGCAGCCAACCGGGGCCCCCCGUCCCUCGCUCGCCCAUAUCUGCAGUGCCACCCUACCCAGGGUGCCCUUCUGUCGCGGGCAGUGCAUGCUCGGAGCCUUGCGUGGGACAGCGAGCACUUCAUGAGCCUCCUGCCGCGACCCAACCACGCCCGACUGUCCCUGCAGGAGACACGCCUGUCCAAGUGACCGCCGACACUGCCCUCGAGUCGCCAUGGAGACGGCGCAGCAGCUUCGAGCCCUACCCACCUGAACCCCCCCUUGACCUGGACGCUGACGACUUGCCGGUCAGCGAAGUCUGACCCAUGAACUACCCCCACACUACCCCAUAACCUGGCAGAGGGGGUGGGCUACAGAGUAGAGGCUGUAUGACAACGGGGGAAAUGAGAAGAAUGCUUUUGAAUAUCUGAGAGUAGCUGAACAGUGGGCCGCUUGUCUCAUUUCCACAAAACUGAACAGAAGUCAUCUGGAUGGAAAUGACAGAAAGCAGGCACUGAAUUCCAAGCCAAAGUUGGUCUGUAUAAUGUGUCUGACUUCCAACCAUCUCAACCCCCUGUUCGUGAAGCUGUUAAUCUACCCCAGCUAGUCAACCCUAGUCACAUUAGAGUUGGAGGUCACUCAGACAAUGAGACAGGGGGGUUCUGUUCUCUCGUUUUCAUUGUUAGGCAUCUACUCAGUGGUCAAGGCAUGUGGACACUCACAUGAAGUCCUGGAAUCCGCUGUCUCUGUGUGGGCUGGGAGGGUGAGAUUCACACUGAACUCUACACCAAAAAUUCUGCGCUAUUUGCCAUUGUCUCCCACCUGCUUGCUCUGUUCUUAUUUAUUUAAUAGGGUUAAUUCAGUUUAGAAAACUUUUUUUAUGUUGAUUUAAAAUAUACACACCGAGUGUACGAAACAUGAGGAACACCUUCCUGAUAUUAAGUUUCAUCCCCUUUUGCCCUCAAAACAGCCUCAAUUGGUCAGUGCAUGGAGUCGAAGGUGUCAAGUGUUCCACAGGGAUUCUAGCCCAUGUUUACUCCAAUGCUUCCCACAGUUGUUCAGUUGGCUGGAUGUCCUUUGGGUGAUGGACCAUUCUUGAUACACACGAGAAACCCAACAGUGUUGUAGUUCUUACCCACUCAAACUGGUGCACCUGGCACCGACCAUACCCUAUUCAAAGGAACUUCAAUCUUUUGUCUUGCCCAUUCUCCCUCUGAAUGGCACACAUACACAACCCAUGUCUCAAUAGUCUCAAGGCUUAAAAAUCCCUUCAUCUACACUGUCUGACGUGGAUUUAACAUGUGACAUCAGUAAGGGAUCAUAGCUUUUACCUGGAUUCACCUGGUCAGCCUGUCAUGGAAAGAGCAGGUGUUCCUAUUGUUUUGUGCACUCAGUGUAUACCUGCAGCUCAUGACUACGUGGACUCACACAGAUUAAUUCAGACAUUUGUGAGGCUAAUAUGUUAUACCACUCUGUGCCAAGCAAGCUAGUAAGUGGAUAUUUUUAAAGGUACAAUGCAACAUUUAUCUCAAUAUCAAAGAAUUUCUGGGUAACAAUUAAGUGCAUUACUGUUAAAAUUACAAAAAUAGCUUCUUAGCAAAGGGCUAUUUAUUAAUCAAGAUUUUUGCUUAGUCUUUCUGGGAGUGGUCUGAGUGAGGGGCAUAAUUGGAAGACCCUAAUGGGAGGGAUAUCUAACCUGAAAACCAUCUGUUACUGGCAGAAGUUUGAAACUCCUUUUUGGUUGUAGUUUAUUCAUUUAUACCAUCACCAGGCAAGCCAAUCUCAUCCCACCAACUUGCAUUAUCUUCACAAUUUCAAAGUAUUAUUCCAACCUCAUAGUGUGGAAAUAUAUACAAAACACAGAAAAAUCAUGUUUUUGACUGCACUGCGCCUUUAAGGCAGCAAGCUAUAUUCUCUAAUGACUGAAUAGUUGUCAAGUAACAUAGAACUAAUCAUACCUGUUCAUUUCAUGCAUUCACUGUUGUUUUUGUUGAACUAAUGUUGUCUUUAGUUAUUUACUUUAAUUUAUGGUGUAUGACCAAAUGAUUCUAACAUACAUUUUCUUUAUCUGACUUUAAAACCUACAACAAUCCCACUCUUCCCACACCAUAUUAUUACAGUUAGAAAGUUGUUGGUAAACACUGUGGACUGGUACGAGAGGACUGUGCAGUUCUAAACCAAGCCAUGUACAUUUGCCUAAUCCUAAUCCUGCUGGGUACUGUAAUGGGGUUUGGAUUUGUACCAAUAGGACUUCGGUGAGAGAGUGAGUUGUGCAACAGAGCGGGGUGGCUUCAUUAAGGGACCAAAGUGAAAAGCAGUUACUUCUAGGGUAGGGAUGGUCAUUGUCUUGCAGAGAUGUUUAAAUUAAUACUCCUUAAUACUCCUACUGGCCACCAACAUGCUUGACCCCUGACCUCUUCAUACCUGUAUACUGAACAGUGGCUUUAACCAUUUUUUUUGUGUGACUGAUGCCCGAUUUUGUUUAGUUAUGACAAAAUUGACACUGACUGCUUUGUUCUGCGUGUGUGAAAACAUGGUUUUCUUUGGUGACAGUUUGUUGGGAUUGCUUUAUUUUAUGUUAUGUGUUUAGAUGUAUAUUUCCGUUUGAACUUCCCUGUGCCUGUAUUGCAAGGUAGUGAAGGUCAACCCAACCAUGCUACUCAAUGGUCUUAUUUUAAUAGAUCUCAUUAGUGGUUCUGCAAAACCAUACAGCUGCUCAAGUGCCUGCAUAAAUUCUAUUAAAAAACAAAGCUGUUCUAAUCCAUUUUGUCUUGUGUACUAGAUUUUAAUUGUCACUAUUUAUUAUGUGGAUGACUUGAAAGAAAUAAACACUUAGAAAAUG